UCCGGUCAGUAACUAUUUUAUUUCGGUCGUGCAUACAUUUAUUUAUCUCACUAAAUAUUAUUUGACAUCCUCAGUUUAAUUUAAAUCUUAUUAAUAAUGAUAACUAUCAUUCAUCUCCUGUUUUCUGUGAUCUUAAAAUAAAUGAAUAUUAAAUAAUUAAGUGUUUGACUAAAUAACUAAAAAUAUGCAUAAGUAUUGUGGGUUGUGUUUGUGGUUGGUGUUUUGUUUUUUGACAAUGGAGUUUCCCGAAUCGACAUUUAUGUAGCUUGAAUUAGAACAAUCUGGCGGAAGAUCGUGACUUACCCGGGAGCGGUGGCAGCCGUCGGCCCCUGAUUUCAAUAAUCGAGCAUUUACGAUUCUCUCGAAAGCACCAAAAUGUGCAGCAGGGUGUUCGGAAAAAAGACUAAUUAAUAGCACUGAAUAUCCAGGUUGAGUCAGAAUCUUAUCACUUUGAAAAAUAACAGAAAUAAAAUGGAAAAUAAUGUACGUUUUGAUAUAGUAAGUGAUCGGCUACUCCGUAUGGCUAUAGAUGGAAACAACAUGGAAAAAAUUAAACAUCUUAUUGAGUGCGGGAUAAGUGUAAACAAGACUUUUAAAAAUGGCACCACACCAUUAAUGUUAGCUUUGAAAAAGAAUAAUAAUGAGUUAGCUAAAUAUCUGAUAGAUAGAGGUGCAAAUGUUAAUACUGUAUGUCAAAAUAAAUCACCAUUAUCUGAAGCUAUUGAUAAAUGCGAUGAUGAGAUAGUUCUAUAUCUAAUAAGUAAAGGUGCCAAUGUAAAUGGUUUACAUGGGUCUCCAAAUCCUUUAAUUUUGGCCAUUAAAAGAUAUAGAAUGGAAAUAGCUAAAUAUCUAAUCAAUAAUGGUGCAUGCGUUAAUGCAGAUGGUGAAAAUAUAUCACCGUUAUAUGUAGCUAUUUAUGAAAAUGCUACUGAAAUGGCUAGCUAUUUAAUUGAUAAAAAGGCUAAUGUAAAAGCAAUUUAUAAUAAUUUGUCAUUGUUGCAUCUAGCUAUUCGAAGAGGAGAAGUAAGAAUAGCCAUAUAUUUAAUAAAUAAAGGUGCUGAUACAAAUGCUGUUUGGAAUAAUAAAUCGCCAUUAUUUUUGGCUAUUGAGUGCAAUUCAACGGAAAUAGCUAGACAUUUAAUACUUAAAGAUGCCAAUGUUAAUUUCAUUUCGAAGGAUAUGUCAGUAUUACAUUUAGCGAUUCAAAACGGAAAUAACGAAAUAGCCAAAUAUUUGAUAUACAAUGGUGCUAACGUAAAUGCUGUUUGGAAAGAUGAAUCACCACUAUAUUCAGCUAUUUGUAGAAAUCAAACUGAAGUUGCUAUGGCUUUAAUAGAGGAAGGUGCAAAUGUGAAUUUUGUUUUUGAUAAUAAAUCACCAUUAUAUCUGGCUAUUAAAAGAGGAAUGAAUGAAUUAGCUAAAUAUUUAAUUGACAACGGGGCUGAUUUGAACCGAAUUUUCGGCAAAAAUACACUUUUACAAGUAGCACUUGCAUCUCGUAGCCUAGAUAUUAUUGAACACCUAUUGAUAGCUGGUUAUGAUGUUAACAUUAAUGAUGAUGGUGGGAAGUGGUUUGUUGCUUAUUUCUAUGGAAAUAAUGAUGAAUAUUCUAUUGGACGAACUGUUGCACUCAAAAUUGUUAAGGAACACAUUAUUAAAUUAGUUGCUGCUGAUUGUUACAUGUGUAACUUCACCAAAGGGGAUGUUCCUCAUACAAAUUAUUAUGCACUACGUGCUGCAUGUGCAAAAGAAGUUGAAUUAAUGAAACAGAAUUCACUAAUGGAAAGUACAUUAACUUUUCAUGAUUUAUUACGUAAGCCACUACACAAAUCAGCUUUAAGAUUAAAAUUUUUGUUUGAAAAUAAUCCUGAUGAAGAAAAUAUAUUACCUUGUUCAAGUACAUUAUUACAGAUUCCUCUUUAUUGUGAAAUCAUUCAGUACCGUAUGGGCAAAGCAUUAGAAAGGGCGAAAUUAUUGGUCAAAGUUCAUGGCUUCACUAUUGAUAUUGCUCGAGCCCUAGCAAUAGAUUUGGAAAUCGUAAGAGAAGUUUUUCAGUAUUUAACUAACAGGGAUUUGAAAUUACUUUGCGGUCCUCAAGUAGAGCGCGUUACGCUUGAUUCCUAUCAAAUAUUCAAGAUUCACAGAUUCUUGAAUAAUAUACCAACAGAAAUGUAUGGCUCCUAGGCAUGGUUCCCAUAACGCAUGGUAACCGAUUUUUAUGAAAUAUUGGUUAUACGAACAGCACGCAUACAUGUUAUGGUAAUCAUUACUCUAAAUUAGGCAUGUGGGAUAAGAUGUUAUCAAAAAGUAUUCUUUACAAAGAUUUCAUCAAGUUUUAUUCAAGAUUGUUAUAAAAGGAUCAUGGAAACCUGUACAUGCAAUGUGCAGAAAUUCUUAAGCAAGAUAGUUACAAAAAGAAUGGCUUAUAUGAGUUGCUGCUAAGAUGUUUGAGCCAUCAGGAUUUUUAUUCAUUGUUAAAUGGCUCGAAACAAAUUCAGUAUUUAUGGCUCAAGUAAAGCCAUGGUGAUUUGCAGAUAUCUGUAGCUUAGCUAAGUAUAACAACAGACUUACUUGAGAUAUAUUAUGAAAAUAUUUUGCCUCAGACUUUUUAAGACUGAAAUUGUAGACUUGUGUAAGAUUAAAAAUGUACAUUUAUAAAAAGAUUGCCCAAGAAUGGUAUAAUAUAGGGCAUGUUUUAUUGAUUAUUACAAAGGAAAAUUACUAAAAGGCAUUAAAAAGUGUAAACUUUGUAAAUAUUUUUAUUACAAAAAUUUAAUAAAAUUUUUAAUAAAUCAUUUAUAAUAAUAUAA